UCUCCCCCUACAGUCGCUGCUGUGCGGUUCGGUCCUGCUCAGGUCUGUUGGACGCAGUACUGUUGGGAGGAGUUCUUACCGACAUUUGGGCUUUGACUGUCCACCAGAGACGUCUGUCUUCAGGGAAACACUUUUAGUUUUCACUUGUUCGGAAGAAGCAGGCAGUCAAAAAUACAGCAGCUGCUGGGGUUUGUCGGUUCUGACCCGCAAAAGGAAGCUAUCUGAGAUGAAGUAGAGCAGACCCUGCCUUUGCUUUGAAAGAGAGGGAAUCACAACCGCAGCUCCAGCCACACAGCCUCCAUCAUGCAGCCCUGCACUCUUUUCUUCUUCUUCUCCUCCAUUUUCAUUCUUUCUCUCGUUCCCCGCUGCUUCUCUCAGAAUGAUGCAGACAUUGUUCGUACACGUAACGGUCACGUCCGAGGCAUUCGCCUUCCAGUCCCGGGCCACAGCUACAUUACUGCCUUCCUGGGCAUCCCUUUUGGUGAGCCACCUGUUGGAAAGCGACGUUUUCGUCCUCCUGAACCCAAGCGUCCAUGGUCAGACUUGUUAGAGGCCAACGCCUACCCAAAUGCCUGUUACCAGUAUGUGGACACCUCAUUCCCUGGCUUCCAGGGCAGCGAGAUGUGGAAUCCAAACAGAGAGAUGAGUGAGGACUGCCUGUAUCUUAAUGUCUGGGUGCCUUCUUCUCCCAGACCUCACAAUCUAAGUGUCAUGGUGUGGAUCUAUGGUGGAGGGUUCUACAGUGGCUCCUCUUCUCUGGAUGUCUAUGAUGGUCGCUACCUAGCCCACUCUGAAACAGUUAUUGUAGUUUCUAUGAACUACCGGAUUGGUGCAUUUGGCUUCCUUGCACUUCWUGGUUCCUCUGAGGCUCCUGGGAACAUGGGUCUGUUGGACCAAAGAUUGGCGCUGCAGUGGGUGCAAGAAAACAUCCAUUCCUUUGGUGGAAACCCCAAACAGGUGACCAUCUUUGGAGAGAGUGCUGGUGGUGCCUCUGUAGGCUUCCACCUUUUGGCUCCAGACAGCAGGUCUUUGUUUACAAGGGCCAUCCUCCAGAGUGGGGUUCCCAACUGUCCCUGGGCUUCAGUCAGCCCUGCUGAAGCCAGAAGACGAGCCAUACUUCUUGCCAAACUUACUGAUUGUAAUGGAGGCAAUGACACCGAACUGGUGGACUGUCUACGGAGUAAACCUCCACAAGAACUUAUUGACCAAGAAUGGCGGGUUCUGCCAUGGCCAGCUCUGUUCCGGUUUUCAUUUGUACCAGUUGUGGAUGGUGAAGUUCUGCCUGACACCCCUGAGGCCAUGCUAAACUCAGGCAAUUUUAAAGACACACAGAUUCUACUUGGGGUCAACCAAGAUGAAGGCUCAUACUUCUUGUUGUAUGGAGCACCAGGGUUCAGCAAGGACAACGAGAGUCUCAUUUCUAAAGAAGAUUUCCUGGAAGGGGUCAGAAUGAGUGUACCACAUGCUAAUGAUAUUGGUGUGGAGGCUGUGGUGUUACAAUACACUGACUGGAUGGAUGAGAACAAUGGGCUGAAAAACCGUGAUGCUAUGGACGACCUUGUGGGUGACCACAAUGUCAUUUGCCCUCUUGCUCACUUUGCUCGCACAUACGCUCAACACCACGCCUUAAAGGCCACCAUGGGAGGAUCUGGGUUUGGGGUGAUGAACAGUGCAGGAAACUCACAGGGAGGUGUAUAUCUCUACUUUUUUGACCACCGGGCCUCUAACUUAGCCUGGCCAGAGUGGAUGGGUGUGAUCCAUGGCUACGAAAUUGAGUUUGUCUUUGGGCUGCCACUGGAGAAGGGAUUAAACUACACCUCAGAGGAGGAGAGACUGAGUCGACGCAUGAUGAGAUACUGGGCCAACUUCGCACGGACAGGAAACCCCAAUGACCCUGUGGACAAAGGAAAGCGCUGGCCUUUGUUUACCAUCAGUGAACAGAAACAUGUCACUCUCAACACUGAACCAUUAAAGAUCCACAAAGGUUUACGCAACCAGAUGUGUGCUUUCUGGAACCGUUUUCUUCCACGCCUCCUCAACAUCACAGGUAACAUAGAUGAAGCAGAGCGUCAGUGGAAGCUGGAGUUCCACCGCUGGUCCUCCUACAUGAUGCACUGGAAGAGUCAGUUUGAUCACUACAGCAAGCAAGAGCGCUGUACCGACCUUUGAGACCACUGACCUCUAAAGACCCCAACCUCUGUGAGCCCUGACUCUGAGAGCUUCUGUUCUCUAAUACUACCAAAUUCUGAGAACCCUGACCUCUUAGAGCCCUGACCUUUAAGACCCCAGACCUCUGAAACCACCAACCUCUGAGACCCCAGACCUCUGUGAGCCCCAACUUGUGAGACUACCAAGGUUCAGACCACUGACAUUCGAGACCCCUGACUUCUGAGACUACCGUUAGCUCUGACCUCUGACAUUUAAGACUCUUGACCUCUAAGACCACUAACCUCUAAGACCAGUGUAGUUUUUACACACCUCACCUCUGAGACCACUAGGAGACCUGACCUCUGAGUGUUCUGACCUCUGAGUGUUCUGACCUCUGAGACCCCCAACGUCUGAGACCACUGACAUCUGACAUCCCUGACCUUUUAGACCACCUAUCCCUGUAGUGAUAGGAUAAUGACAUGAUGGGGAGGGAACAAACAUUGUGUCAUUUCCUCUGUAGUCCCUCAAUGAAAUCUGACUUCACAACACACACACAUCUUAGCACUGUUUAUAUUUAUUUACAAUAUUUAUACUAUUUAUUGAAACAUACUGUAUCUUGGUGUAUGUGUGUGUGGGUGGGUGUGUGUAGGUAUGUGUGUGUGAAAACAAGGGACUGUGGAGGAAACAUUUUAUUAAUUUGAGGAGAUUUUUGGUUACUGUAUGUGUGUGUGUGUGUGUGUGUGU